CCUACUUCCGGGCGCUAGGGUACGGCUGAGACGAGCAGAGCGCGGCAGUUGGAGUCUAGUGUGGCAUCGCUGCGAUGUUUCGUAUUGAGGGCCUCGCGCCGAAGCUGGACCCCGAGGAAAUGAAACGAAAGAUGCGCGAGGAUGUGAUUUCCUCCAUACGGAACUUCCUUAUCUAUGUGGCCCUGCUGCGAGUCACUCCUUUUAUCUUAAAGAAAUUGGACAGCAUAUAAAGAUUGGACAUCACAUGUGAAUGCAUGAUACGAAGAACCUGGUUACAGUGUCUGCUCUGCAAAUGAAUCUGCAAAUGGAUGGGCCCAGAAAGAUGUAAGAGACUCUGACUGAGUGGACAUAAAACUUCCGCUUCAUAAUAACAAGUUUGGUUGUGGUAACUGACCUUCAUAGCGAAAACAGAAAACUGUUUGGGAAGUAUGAAAAGACAUUUCUUAUGCCUGUGAUAUCCAGCUUCCAUGAAUGUUGCUGUAAUUGUAAAUAAUGUCAAAUUCCAUUUUCUAGCGAGUAUUAAUUAUAUAAGAGAAUUUCGUCUGCAAUA